AUGCUCUCCGCAUUUACCGCUCGACCGAUUGUCGAGCUCAAACAGCGGGACAAAUCGAGGAUUGAAUCUAUCCUUGCCUAUGGUAAUAGACUUCUAGUCGGGCUACACACAGGAAGUUUGCGCAUCUACCGCAUCAAUGAACUCGCCGAUGAGGCCGCCGGUCAGGAUAGUAGUGGAGUCGCAGAAGAAGGGGAACCCCAGCCAAAACAGCGCGCCGUUGAUCUCCUACGGGAGGAGGAGAAGUUCUCUCGACGACCCGUUCAGCAGCUGGCAAUCAUAAAGGAGGCAAACAUAUUGGUAGCUCUGACGGACAAUUAUGUUUCCACUUAUGAUCUCCAAACCUAUGCGCUCCAGGAGCAACUCACGCGGACCAAAGGAGCAACCACUUUUGCAGUCACAUCGGACAUUGUCAAGGAUCCGAGUACGGACAUACCAUCGAUAGUAUCUCGCUUGGUAGUAGCAGUGAAGCGGAAAAUAAUUAUGUGGUCGUGGCAUGACAGUGAGCUGUCCAGCGAUGUCAUCGAAAUGGCGCUCGCUGCAUCUCCCAAAACCUUGACUUGGGCAACUGGGACUAAAAUGAUUGCUGGAAUGGACCCCGGUUACGUGCUCAUAGAUUUUGAGACUCAAGAGACGACGGACAUUAUGGGGAAAGGCAACGUGGGAGGGGCGGCCGGCCAGCCUGCGCGGUUUGGAAGCGCUGGAGUGACCGGAAUCAGUUACAUGGGCAUGGCGAGCUGGGUACCAAAGCCACUGGCAACGAGACUGGGAGGAGGUGACCUGUUACUUGCAAAGGACAUCAACACCCUCUUUAUCGACUCGGACGGCAAGGCCAAGGACAAGAGGCAAAUCCCGUGGCCAAGUGCGCCAGAAACUAUUGCUUAUUCAUACCCAUAUCUUUUGGCUCUACAGGCUCCGUCCAAAGGUAGUCUGGAAGUUCGAAACCCGGAUACCCUUUCUCUCUUGCAAUCAAUCUCGUUGCCAGGUGCUGUUCAUUUGCACGUUCCGCAACCCUAUGUCAGUUUAGCGCACGCCGGCAAGGGCUUUCUCGUCGCUAGCGAACGGUGCAUAUGGCGCAUGGCAGCACUAGAUUACGACUCUCAAAUCGGCGACUUGGUCGAGCAAGAGAAGCUAGAUGAGGCAAUAAGCUUAAUUGGCAUGCUAGAGGACGCGUUGCUCAAGGAUAAAGAGGGAAGAUUGCGGGAGAUAAAGAUGCAAAAAGCCCGAGUCCUUUUCAAUUUGAGAAAAUAUAGAAGCUCACUUGACCUUUUCACUGACGUCGUCGCGCCGCCAGAAAGGGUGAUAUCGCUCUAUCCGAGAGCUAUCGCUGGGGAGCUUUCCAUUCAUGACGAUGGCAGUGAAGGCGGAACGGCAUCCGAACAGGAAGAGGAAACUACACAAGAGAGCAAGACAGAAGAAGGCGAAGAGAGUAAAGCUGCAAUUGACACAAACGAUCAUCCUUCUCGGACGGUAGCAGGGAAGGUCAUCAACUCCCUGAAAAAGGAAGACUCUGACGCUGCUUCAAUCCGGUCGACUCGUCGAGGCUUUUUUGGAACAACCAGCGACACUGCGAGCAUCCGAGGGAAGCACACGGAAAAUGUUCCUAUUGAGAAGCCCCUUGAAGGAAGGGAUCUCCAAGAAGCUGUCAACGAGCUCUUCACUUUUCUUGCUCAAUCCCGGGUUCAUCUACAGAAAUACCUCAAUCCGGACGGCACUCUUCGCCAGCCACGGGAGCCCACCGAGAAUGGGGCUGGGGCGGACGCCGGAGCUCACUCCACUCCCUAUGACUAUCUUCUCGUACCGUCGACACCCUCGGAAGAUGACACUCACCGCGAACACAGGUUGCGUGAAACGGCAAAGCUGGUGGACACUACACUGUUUCGUGCAUAUAUGCUCGCGAGACCUUCUCUUGCCGGAUCGCUUUUCCGAAUUGCAAACUUUUGCGAUCCUGAUGUCGUAAAUGAAAAAUUGCUUGAAAAGGGUCGCUACACCGAUUUGGUUGACUUUUUCCAUGGCAAGAAACUCUAUCGCAAAGCUCUAGAGCUCUUGCGAAGGUUUGGCCAGGCGGACGAGGCAGACGAGGCAGCUCCAACUCUUCAUGGCCCUCAACGAACAGUUGGAUACUUGCAAAAUUUGCCUCCUGAGAUGAUUGAUCUCAUUCUAGAAUUCUCUGAAUGGCCUAUCCGUGCUGACUCGGACCUCGGUAUGGAAAUCUUUUUGGCUGAUACGGAAAAUGCAGAAACGCUUCCGCGGGACCGCGUGGUGGAUUUCCUUCAGGGCUUGGAUACAAAGCUUGCGGUUCGAUAUCUUGAACAUAUCAUACACGAGUUAAACGAUCUCACGCCAGAAUUUCACCAGCGUCUUGUGCAAUUAUACUUGGAGCGACUCAAGAUGCCCGAAAACGGUGACGAGAAGGAUUUUCCUUUCAAGGAUGAUACGGAAAAAGCCUCGUGGGUCGAGCGAACACUCAAUUUUCUGAAGAGCAGCGACCAUUAUUCGACUGCCAGGGCCCUUGGUCUGCUCCCACGGAACGAACCCCAAUUUUACGAAGCUCGAGCGAUUGUGCUGAGCAAAAUGGGCCAGCAUAAGCAAGCGCUUGAAAUAUACGUGUUCAAGCUGGAAGACCACAACAAAGCAGAAGAAUACUGCAACCACGUCCAUCUCCAUGGCGACCAAGUCACCUCAGGAGGUAGAACACGGCGUGUAUCAGUCUCUGAAUCCGACGACUCACAACCGCCAUCCAUCUACCAUACUCUGCUCUCACUCUAUCUCUCACCUCCGCAUCCAUAUAAACCCGACUGGGCACCGGCGUUGGAACUUCUAUCAAAGCAUGGCUCGCGUCUUCCAGCCUCCUCUACUCUCGAUCUCAUUCCCUCAACUUUACCCAUUAAAGAGCUUGAGUCGUACUUCCGCGGACGAAUCCGCGCUGCCAAUUCGGUAGUCAAUGAAGGUCGCAUUGUGGCCGGGUUGAGAAAGACGGAAGUAGUGGGAUGCCAAGCUGCACUGCUUCUGGGUGACGGGCUUCUCUCGACCACUGGAGGUGGCGGAAGGAACCGGCGUGUGCUCAUUGGUGAGGAGAGGGUUUGUGGAGUAUGUCAUAAGAGGUUAGGAGCAAGCGUGAUCAGCGUUUUGCCUGAUAAUCAAGUCUAUCAUCUUGGCUGUGCAAAUCGCAUGCGUGGCAGCAGCGGCACCCACAAUAUUGGAUCGCUCAGGAAGGCUCAGUGGGGCGAGUAA